AUACUAGCUUGGAGCGUCCGAUAACAUCCCUCCCACUAGGAUCCUCCUCCUCCCCAAAAUAAGAAAAUAAGCAAGGCAAAGAUGUAAGCGAUAUGCGUUGUCAAAUUUCGAAAAUUUUCCACGUUUUGCCAUCGUUUGCGGAUUGGAUCUCGUGCGUUUGAAGUCAAGCGCUAAGAUCCCAAAACUUUUGGUCUUUAAGCCCUUCCGCUGAAAUUCAGCUUCGUGCUUGGAUUUGCAUUCUUCAAAUUUCGAAAAUUCUCCACGUUUUGCUGUCGUUUUGGGAUUGAAUUUCGUGCGUUUGAAGCGCUAAACCCCCAAAAUUUUUGAUUUUAAGCCCUCUCCCUGGGAUUCAAUUUCUUGGAUUUGCAUUCUUCAAAAUUCGAAAACUUUCCACAUUUUGCCGCCGUUUUCGGGUUGAAUUCCGUGCGUUUGAGGUGCUAAGAUCGCAAAAUUUUUGAUUUUAAGCCCUUUCUCUCGAAUUUAAUUCCUUGGAUUCGCGUUUUUUCAAAUUUCGAAGAUAUUUUGAACCCUUUCCCUGGGAUUCAAUCUCUUGGCGUCGCGUUUUUCAAAUUUCGAAAGUUUUCCACCUUUUUCGUCAUUUUGCGAGUGAGUCCUUUGAUUUUGAAGAGCUAAGACCCUAAAACUUUUGAUUUUAAGCCCUUUCCCUGGAAUUUAAUUCCUUGGGUUCGCGUUUUUCAAAUUUCGAAAAUUUUCCACGUUUUGCCGUCGUUUUGAGAUAGAGCCGCGUGAGUUUGAAGCGUUAAGAUCCUAAAAUUUUUGAUUUUAAGCCCUUUCCCCCGAAAUUCAAUCCCGUGGCUUCGUGGUUUCGUGGUUUCGUGGUUUCGUGGUUUCAUGGUUUCAUGGUUUCGUGGUUUCGUGGUUUCGUGGUUUCGUGGUUUCGUGGUUUCGUGGUUUCAUGGUUUCGUGGUUUCAUGGUUUCCUGGUUUCCUGGUUUCUUGGUUUCCUGGUUUCCUGGUUUCCUGGUUUCCUGGUUUCCUGGUUUCCUGGUUUCCUGGUUUCCUGGUUUCUUGGUUUCCUGGUUUCCUGGUUUCCUGGUUUCCUGGUUUCCUGGUUUCGUGGUUUCCUGGUUUCGUGGUUUCAUGGUUUCAUGGUUUCAUGGUUUCAUGGUUUCAUGGUUUCAUGGUUUCAUGGUUUCAUGGUUUCCUGGUUUCGUGGUCUCGUGGUUUCAUGGUUUCCUGGUUUCGUGGUUUCCUGGUUUCCUGGUUUCCUGGUUUCCUGGUUUCCUGGUUUCCUGGUUUCGUGGUUUCAUGGUUUCAUGGUUUCCUGGUUUCGUGGUUUCCUGGUUUCCUGGUUUCCUGGUUUCCUGGUUUCCUGGUUUCCUGGUUUCGUGGGUUCGUGGGUUCGUGGGUUCCUGGUUUCGUGGGUUCGUGGGUUCGUGGGUUCGUGGGUUCGUGGGUUCGUGGGUUCGUGGGUUCGUGGGUUCAUGGGUUCAUGGGUUCAUGGGUUCAUGGGUUCAUGGGUUCAUGGGUUCGUGGGUUCAUGGGUUCAUGGGUUCAUGGGUUCAUGGGUUCAUGGGUUUGGGGUUUGGGGUUUGUUUGUUUUUGUGUCGGAGGUUUUGGGUUCGGGUGUUGGAGGUUUUGGGUUUGGGUGUUGGAGGUUGAGGUUUCCGAAGGGAUGUGUUUGCAAAGUUUUAUUGCUCUUAAUAUUCCUCAACCCCUCCACCGACCCUUAGCCUUUUUUUCUUCUUACUUACAUAGUUAGCAGGAGCUUUUGGAUGAAUUUUGAAUGAAAAGACUGAUAGAUGUAAUAUGAGUCCUCAAUGGAAAGGUGAAAAAAGUGAGCGAGGAUCCAACACGUGGAUUCUCCUUACUUUGUCUGUCUGUCUUCAGUUAAGUAACUUUAUUUGAAAGGUCGUGGCAUCAAAAAUAAAUCGGAAAUGUUUGAAAACGACGAAAACACUACCUAAAAAAACCUGUAGAUACCCUAAAAAAACCUGUACCUGCGUGCUCGUUUCUAAACAAUACGAUCCUUGAAUGGUUUGCUGGUUUCCUUGCUAAACGCCGUCUAGAAGUCCGCUCAUCAUUAUUAUUUGAAAGGUGGCAUGAGUACGUAGAUGUCUGAAAUUUUUAAAGAUUUUCAACAAAGAUGAUACCUGAAAUUACCUUGAUUACAUUGAAAUUUUAAAAUCAUGACGAACUACGCCAACACCAACAUGGAUAUCAGAAGUGGUCCCGCAUCUAACAGGAGCGCCGUUGUCUCUGGCGCAGAAAGCGACUCGAACCUAGGAGAUAACGACAACAUGGGAGAAAAUUACCACACCUCUUCAUCAACUAUCGCACAAACAAGUAGUAGUACAAAAGCGAGGAGUAGACGAAAGUGCUGCUUUUGCUGCAGCAGGUCCUCCUCCUCGUCCUCGUCAAGCUGUAGUUUCUGUUGUAGUAUCCCAGGCAGAAUCAGAGGUCCUCGUGCGAGGAUUCUUUUCUCUUGCUUGGUUGUCAGCAUUUUCGCAUUGCUAUUGCACUUCGCAAACUUAGUCCACAACAAGUGCGUGAUCGAUGAACACCAGUAUCAAAAGAACGACACGAUUGUUAUGAAGGAGAAUAUCAGAGUAGAAUCGCGAUGAUUGGAACAUCAAUUAUUACUUAUGAUUAUUAUCUUUAUUUUAUCAUCUCAUCUGUGCAAUAUGUUCUCCCAGUAUCUAAGGUUGACACAGUUCUUAUUUUGUUUCACAUGUUUCAGUUUCAGUUCUUCGGCUGGUGGGAAGAAAAGUUGCAAAGUAGGCUUAUGCAGCUAUCAAUCAUGACCGGCAGUAUCAUUCAGAACGGCAUAAACAUCUUUGCCUCUCUUCACAUCCUUCAUCCCCACACUCCACUAUCCCCUUUCAUCCUCCUGGGCGCUUGGCUCGCUGUGCAUCCUCGGUGCUUGUUUUACAAGAUUGUGAUUCCCUUUUUCUAUGCCAGGGAUUCAAUGAGACCGCCGUUCAUGUUAAGGCUUACGUACUUAAAUAUUCAUCUUAGUAAGAGGCAUCUUUGAAGACGUGCUUUCAAGGAGGUGAAAAUCUCGUCUGAAGAUGCGGUCCUCUCAGAUGAAUAUAACUGGUAAGUAGGUCUAAUUAUGCGUGGCCCGAUUCGACAGGCUAUGCGAGACUUCUGCGAGGCUGACUACAAUUUCUUCCGCAAUCCGUGGCUCUGGUCUUAUCCGGAAAAGAGAACGAAAAAGCACAUCCUGAAGGGGAGCACUAACACUGAUGCUGAAGAGGUCGGAAGACGACCUAGUCGUGCACGUGGUGGUGUAUCUUCUUCUAGCUUUUCCAGUCGUGGUCCUAGCUCAUCUAGGUCUUCUACUCCUAGCCUACCUACAACACCCUCAUCUGGUACUUUUUCGUCCUCAACAACACAAGAUCGCCGGACGACCGAUCUUCAUAGACCAAUGUCAGCAGCACCACCAGGACUAUUAACGGAAUGGGUUGGCCCUCAGCUUUCUAUGACGUAUACUUCGAGACUUUGUCCAGGGAACAUAGUGGACUUCUGGCGAAACAAGGUGGGAGAAGUGUGGGCGAAAAGAAUUGCAUCGAAAUUGACAUCUUCAUCUUCUGGCUCUGGUGGUAGUAGUAGUAGUACAGCUACAGGCACUAGUACAGGUAUAAGUUACAGGUCAACUACAGGAGUAUCAUCAACGUCAUCUACUAGUACUAGUUCUAGUACAACAGUCCACCGCCUUCCUGUGAUAAGUUUUUUUUCUUCCGGACAACUGGAAACGCAAAAGUUUUCCUCAAAACAACUAGCUCUUCGUCGAGACAAGGAGAAGAACGACAACAAGGAGAUGAACACGCGGCGGUCGCCUUUUCUGAUGCCCGUUUCUGAAUUUACCCCGCAAAUGGAGCUGGCUGCUUCGGGACAUUUCUGGCAGCGUCUCUUCGGAGUCCUAGAGGAAUUUGGUGUGGAAUACGUAGCUGGGAGCGGCUCCCUUAUGGGACCAGAGAGGCACGGGACACUGUUAUCCCCGCACGAUCACGAUUUCGACUUGGCUGUUCUGGAGAGCUCGAAACCCAAAUUGUUCAAAGCUUUCCAAUUUUUAGAGAGGGAAGAAGCCGAACGCAGAGAAGAGGGGAGAAGAAGAUUGAAACUUAUGACUUGUUUAUGUUAUCAUGUUAUGUUACAACUUGAGUUUAUGUUAUGAUGUUAAAAAUUGAAACUGAUGUUGUCUUGUUUAUGUUACAACGUUAUGCUCCUAGAAGCUACUAUGAAAAUUUUGUGCUUUCGGUCUUCCAGCAUUUUCGUCCUCCAGCAUCUUGAUUGUCUCAUCUUCUAGCUUUCUUGGACCUGUAUAACAAAGACGGUAGAAAUAUCAUUUCCUUUUUUGUUGGUUCUUAUUUCAUUAGCAUCUUUUUCUUUGACCCGGAAGUAAGAACUAGAACUAAGUACUUCAUUUGCAUCGUCCACCCUCUAACGGCCAACCCGGCGUGGUGCUCGACCUAGGGAAGACAUCAGAUUUCCUUCUAGCCAUCGACCGGAAUGUGGAUGUACAGUGCACGUGGAGUGGAGUUCGUUUUGCUAUUCAUCUCACGUUUUUCGAAGGAUUGAAGUCUAUCGCGUUGUACGCAGAUUUUUGGUCUAUGUACGAAUACAAAGCAUUCUGGUGGAAUGGGGGUCAAGAUUAUGAAGAUGCCAAACUCAAGAACAAACUUUGUAGUUACUAGAUUUUUAGCGUAUCAUGAUGAAGAAGUUGGCUUCAGAAUGACGUGAUCUUCAUCAAUCAGAAACACUAGAAGUACAAGUUAGUAGUUGGAAAAAGUAUGUUCCUCCUUUCGGUCAAACUCUGAUGUCCUGAACAAGAUCAUUUUCAUUAUCAUUGAAGAUACUACUUAUUUUCCUAGUUUUUAGGUUGCUGUUGGCUCCACCCAUAGUAUUAUCAUUGAUGAAGAUACUAGUAGAAGUUGCAUCACUUCGUCCACAUCUUCGUUCUUCUAAAAUCCGUACUUGCUAGCACACGAAGCCCCCAUCUUCUUCACACGGCCACAAGGAUUUUGGCCUUUACGGUUGCUGCAAGUGCCCUACUUUGAGGAGCUCCAAUUAGGAGGAGGUGGUGAUCCGAAUACGGCAACGGCAGAAGCAGCGCAAGGUUCAUCCAGAUCCAAGAGACCACAGCGAACGUGGAUGUUAGACGAUAACAUUGGUGUAAUCACGCUUCGGCGACCUUUUACCUCACAAAUGGUCGAUGCCGAGUAUGCGCGGUUAGAUGGGACGUGGAUAGCCCCUGAAGAGUACACGGUAGAAGAAAGAGACGAGCAAACUCGUCUCGUUGAUCCCAGUACCGGAAAGGAGAAAGACAAUCGUUUCUGGCGACAAAAUUGUGGACCCUUAGCGCGACCUCCGAGCACCAGUGGUACUCCACCGUCGAGUAGUAGUACUAGCUCCGGCACUAGCAGUGCCAGUUCCUCAUCUUCUGGAGCAGGCGCACUUGUAGUUACAUCAACAUCAACAUCUUUACGUCCGCGGCCACCACAAGUACCACCGCCACCGCCAACAGUUGCAAGCACUCGGUGUCGAACGAAGUAUGAAGCUGGCCUAGUAAACUUCGCGAAGGUUCUCUCACUCCCCAUGAAUGAAUUCGUAACCAGAUUUUUUCAUAGGUCGUCGGACAGAAGUAUCAGUACAACUGGUGCUGGUGGUAGUUCAUCUGAAGAUAGUAGUACAACAACAACUAGAAGAACUAGAAGUAGUAGUACAACUGGUCGUUCAUCUGAAGAUAGUAGUACAACAACAACUAGAAGAACUAGAAGUAGUACAACUGGUAGUUCAUGGGUGCAUCUCACAGCCUCAAUGCUGCGGGACCCGGAAAGCGGUAAGGACAUGCUUCAGCAGUUCUUACUCGAUGUUGCGAUUCCUAACAGUGAGAAUGUUGUUAAGGCCGCUAAUAGAAGAAUUAUUUGCUUACUUAGCUAACGACAACGACAAGGUCUUUUGAAUUACGUAAAUGUGCUCCGAUCAUCAAGAAUGCCGUGUCUACAAUCAUGACGAGUAUAAGUAGCAUAUUAUGCUCUCAGAGCACUCCUCGUCUGGUGCUUUUGUCUCCCACGAGUCAGCAGAGUCCCUUCUUCCAUCACAUCAUUGAAACUGCAAACCCAACAGUCUUCUCCUCUAAACUCGCUUCCUCUUCCUGUGCCUUGAUCUUGAAAUGCGAAGAAGUGGGAUCGACGUCUUGCAUACCUGGAGAUGAUUUUUUUGCAGAAAUGCGGUAUUCUUGGGAAUUAGGUUUUGCCCAAGACACAAAAAUGUACAAAGACAAUGCGAGAUUUUUUACUGAUAGUGGUGGUCCUAUUAAACGAGGAGGCAGUACUACCGGAGCAUCUGGAGGUAGCGACGAGAAUAAGUUGGCAACAAGUGGAAGUGGGAUAAGAAACUACUUUAGAUCAUCUUCCAUUAAGGCUACAGCAAAUCCAUCUUCCGCAGCAUCAUGAUGCCGCUUUCUAAGGGAGAAGAAGCAUCAAGAUGUUUUUGUAGAUGGAUUUCUCCUAGUAGUUCUAAAAAUUUUACUUCAUCUACAGCAUCUGGUGCCUCCUUAUUUCCGGACGAUGCUCAUGCGGUAUGGUUUGUAGUGCUCCUCAGUGUUGCAUUGUCCUUAUUCCUGUUUCGACUUUUUGUUCGUUUCCUCUGUCCAUUAAGUGAAUCAUCUGGACCUACCUCUACGCGCGCGUUAGAGUUGUAUCCAACAAGUGUAUCAUCUGGACCUACCUCUACGCGCGCGUUAGAAUAACAAAAAAAGUGCAAGAACUUAGCUUCUUGUUUGACCGAGUGCAAGAACAUAGUUAAUUAAGUCCUGAACUGACACCUCAUGCUAGGUAAAUGAAUGAAUGAAUGAAUCUUCUUCUUUUCUUACAAGUCUAAGAAAGAAACCAGCUGAACAGUUAGCCCAAGUAGUAGGUAGCGGCUGGUACUACGAAAGUACUAGGCGGCGGGUGUGUGGGUUUUUUGAUUUUUUAAAGGUUUGCCCAACUAAAGACUAGUUUGUAACUGGAAGUAGUUAGUCAAGCUCUCCAGGCCUCGUGCGCUGGUUUGUAAAAAAAAAGUGGUCUCUCAAAUCUUUGUCUUGCUCCUUUUCUGUCCAUCAAGGUAAGUGUUUAAGUUGUUAGUUUUAGCCUCCCAAGUUGGUGCUGUUUAGUAGGCUAGGUUCGUUUAAAGCUGUGACUUGCUAGACGUCAUGCAAGCGUUUGUGCUGUUUAUGCCAAAGAUACUGUUUAAGUGUAAAAGAAGUUAUCAGCUCCCCUCUCAGAUCUAAUAAUCAUAUUCACAAUUUUUUCUCUCAAAAAUAACAGGGCAAGUAGGCUAAUCACGACUCGUACAGAAAAGCGUCUUCGAUCUUCUCCUAACCUGCUCAAGAUGAAGAGGUACAGGGGGAACAGUAACAGCUACAAUAUUCGCCCACACGACCCAAUGUUCGGUGAUGGAGUGGCGAUCUUCUCCUAACCUAUUCAUGAUUUUACAUACCCAAUGUUCAAUAUUUAUUAUAGUGGUGCAGCCAACCUAACUAAGAGGGUAAAAGAUCAAUAGCAUGAAGAGUAGUGUAAAAGAAGUUAUCAACUCCCCUCUCAGAUCGGUGCCGCUUCGAAUUAGUAGCUUAAUCUCUUGUGUGAAGUAACAAUGACGUGACGAAACACUACGGCGCCCGUAAGGCAGUCUGCAGUGAACUACUUUGUGCGAGAUUUAUUGUAUUGUAUUGCGUUGUAUCUAUCGUAUUGUAUUGUACUAUUGUAAUAUUGUAUUGUAUUGUAUUGUAUUGUAUUGUAUUGUAUUGUAUACAUAGUGCUACCCGACCCCCAUUGGUGAAAUUUUAAAACACCCUCCCCAUGUUGUAAACAUCUUCAAUGAAAUUUUUCACAUAUUUUUCAAUCAUGCGUUUCUAACAAGUAAGCAAACGAAGACAGAGGCAUGGCGUCAACUCAUGAUUACUGGAUCAGGACUGAGACUGACACAUUGUUUCUUGCUUUCUUCCAGCCGGAUGCUGGAUGAAACAGAUGAGAUCCCCGGAAGCUGAAUUAAAUCAUCAACCUCGUCGGUCACGUUCUGCUGUGCAUCAGCAUCCAGAGCCAUGAAAAGCUCCUCACAGAGUCGCUGAUUCAGAGAGUGCUAACAAAAAUGAAAGAGAAAGAGACCACAAGAUCAUAACACACAAGAGGAUCGGUUACGCAUGUAGUUGUCAUCAUCGUGCGCAGUUGUGCCUCUAGUAGUGUUUUACUGUAGAGCUUCAGAGUAGCAUAUUAUAGUCGCAUUCUUGCCCUGCUUCCGUGUAUACUACAUCUUUUUCUUUGAAAUAAAACCUUACAGGAUCAGUGUUGUCAAGAUCCAGCUUUAUCUCUGCCAUAAUCAUACCAAGGAAAGUAAAAGUACAGCUAUAAUUUUCCAUGAAACUAAACACAAAAAAUACGCUUUGCCGAGAACACUGAGAAUUUUCUAUCGAUAUUUUUCUAAUCUAUUAUCACUUGUUGAUUGGUUGAAAGGGAAAGACCAUAUCCACUGCUUUUCUGUCGUUUGAUGUCUCUCUUUCUGCCUGCUCUUCUUAUCUACACCCACCACAACUUCACCUUCAGGAUGAAGGUGACGGUUGACAGGGAAGCUCGAACCAAGAACUUGUGAAAAUUUCAUCUAGAAAAGGUUCAAAAAAUGGCAUUUUUAU